AUGCAAUAAUAAUAGGUGGUUCUGAAUUUUGAAUAUCUAAGACCAGCUUAAUAUUUAGUUGAUGCAAUAGUGCAUGAUCCAUAGUACAUAAAGAGAAAGGAAAGAUCAAAAAGUUAGAGAAGAAUUUGGGAGAAUGUGCCGUAUGAUGCUUAUGAAAAGGAAAAGAUGGCAGAUUUCAUGAAAAUAAUCGCAAAGAAUAAAAUAUAAUUACCUGCAGAUUGGCAGGACUGUGAUACAUUGAAGAUGGUGUAUUGUGGGAAAUUCAAAGAUAAGAAUUACUUAAAAGUCUUACAAUCUCAUUUAGCAUGGAGAGCAGUCCCAAACAACUUCUAACCUACUGAUAUCAAUGUCGCAUUUUUACAAAAAGGCAUAGUUUACACCUUUGGAAGAGAUAAAUAGCAAAGACCAAUCAUAAUAAUGAAUCUUGAAUUAGUCAAUUUGAAAUAGUUUAAUGAAGAGGUCUAUAUCAAUGCAUUAAGCUACUAUUUUGGAAUAAUAAAGAAAAAUUGUUUUAUUCCAGGAAAGAUCGAAAACUGGGUUUUCAUAAUGGAUACAAAAAAAUUAGGACUUUCUAAAUUUCCAUUUAAAGCAAUUUAAAUUGCAACAAAGACAAUGCAAGUGAAUUUUUGUGGUUGUUUGGACAAAUUAUAUUUGUUAAAUCCUUCAAGUUCUUUGAGUUUUUCAUGGAAAAUGGUUUCAGCGGUUGCUGAUGCUGAUACUAUGGAAAAAAUACAAAUGUUGAAGCCAAAUGAAUAUGCAAAAAUUUAAGAGCGCAUUCCUGCAAAUUAAUUAGAGGAAUAAUAUGGAGGAAAAGUAGCUAAUUUGACGAAAUUCUGGCCACCUAUUAACAUAGAAAUUCCAGGGGGAUACACUGAGGAAAUUCUGAAAGCAGUAGAAUCUAUGAAAACAGCUGACAUAGUAAUUCAAGCAGAAGUACCUGCUUCAGAAGAGGACGAAUUGAAAUUAUAGGAACAGAUGGCAAAAAUUCAAAUUAAGAAAGAAGACGACGAUGAUGAUUGAUAAAAUGUUUAAUACAUUCAAUAAAUAUAAUAU